UGGGAUAAGGAAAUUAAAUGUUCCUUUAUCAAUCCACUCUAGUUAAAGCCAGUAUGUUUAAAACACAAUUUUUAAUUUUAGUUUUUCACUAUUUCUAUUGCUAUUAAUGUAGUUAUGUGUAAGUAUAUUUGUAUGGUGAACUGUAAUUGGGCUAAAACGCUGAGUAACGGUUUGAGUCGGUCCGUCGUCUGUCAAAUUCUCGCGAUACCUAAAGAUUCCCUCAUUUUAAUUUCGUAUCCCACUGUUUUUUUAUUGUCAUCAAUAUAGUAAUGCGUGUUAUUAAUUGUGUGUGGUUAACUUUCAUAAAUAUAAAAUUGGGCUAACAGUGACUAACAGUUUCAGGUCCAAUCGAACAUAUCUCACGUUCUCGCGAUACCUUGUCGCCGCCCCGCGUGAUAAUGAAAAAGAGCAAUGGCAAAUGUAAACAGAGCUGGGCAGGAAUUUGACACAGUUUUCAGUGGAGAAGACUCUUUUGAGCUCUCUUUACAGUACGAUUAUGACACCGUUCAGACUCGGGUUUUUAAAAUUAUAGUAAUCGGAGACUCGAACGUGGGAAAAACGUGUCUGACUUACAGAUUCUGCGGUGGAGCUUUCCUGAAAAACCCAGAGGCUACGAUCGGGGUGGAUUUCAGAGAGAGGACGCUGGAGCUGGAUGGAGACAGAGUCAAGUUGCAGAUCUGGGACACAGCUGGUCAGGAACGCUUCAGGAGGAGCAUGGUGGAUCACUACUACCGCACCGUCCAUGCUGUAAUCUUUGUGUACGAUGUGACCAACCUCUCCUCCUUCGAGAGCAUCCCUGAGUGGAUUGAGGAAUGCAGCCGACACUCUGUGGGGCCGUUGGUGCCCCGUGUCUUGGUUGGAAACAAGUGUGACCUGAGAGAACGUCGGGAAGUUCCGACAUCCGCUGCGCAAUGCCUUGCCGACAGCUACAACUUUCCUUUAUUUGAAACUUCAGCCAAAGAUCCUGCUGAGAAGGAACAUGUAGAUGCUAUUUUUCUGACUAUAGCUUAUAGGCUAAAGAGUCGCAAACCUCUACGGCUUAAACAGCCCAAUGAGAGCAAUAUGAGGCAUCUGUUGCAGGAGAGAGAGCAAGAAGAGGCAAUCUGUCGGUGCUGAGGUUAAAAUCCUGUUGUAUGUUUGUGCAAGAAGUUUGAGAGAUAGCCAGUGUGUUUCUCAGAGACAGUAACAGUGCUGAGGAAAACAGCACUGAUCUGGGCUAUCCUAAAACUAAGGCUGACUCCCCAAAGAAACCUUUUGCUGGUUCAAAUCGGGUUGCAUCUGCAUUAUUUUCCAUGUGCAUGUGGACUUUCUACAAGUCCAAAAUAGUGCAAAUCAGAGGAACGUGUAAGCUGAUGUCAGCUGGAAUCGCUCCAUCAACCUUCAAUCCUUGACACAAUGAAUGGUUACAGAUUGAACAGGAAACUGACAAAGGUAUCUUAUCAUCCACUACUACUACUACAACUACAGACUUUUCUAUUUGAACUGAAGCAGUCCAGUGACACUAUAAUGUCAGUGCCCAAUGCAGAAUUUUACAUUUUCGUUAAACGCUAAAACAGCUGGUUAAUACGAGUACAGAGCUGUGUUCAACGCUUGGAAAAUUACCUGCAACCAGUUGACAUCAGCACAAUAACAUUAUCAAUACAUACAGGAGACACAGAGGGGAUUGCAGUUGUAAAGGACCAGUACAUAAACUGAAACUGUGAAGAAAACUGUGCAAUAAUUCCUUUACAAUUUUGUUUUAAUUUAUCCUCUUAUAAGUAUAUAUGUAGCAUGGCUCUGAUGCUGAAAUAUAUCUGUUAUAAAUAUAAAUGUACUUACAGUUUUAUGUUACAAAAAAGCCUUCAUUAUGUAGCUACAGUAACACAUCAAUAAAAGUGGCUUUCAUUUUU